CCGAGGUCGAGUAGAAUGAGAUACAUAUAAAGGAGGCAUUCGACUCGUCUUUCAUCCUAAUUAUCAUCAUCAUCAUCCAUCAAUCUCAAUCACUCAAUCAAUCUACUCAUCUAUCUUCCACUUCCACUUCUACCCCAUCCACCAUCAAAAUGCACUUCACCAACCUCGUCCUCGCCGCCUCGGCCGCCGCCACUGCUGCUGCUCUCCCCGCAGCCCAGUCAACCUCCAACCCCACCUUCGGCCUCAUCGCCAUCGACUCCGGCAGCGCAAUCCAAAACACUGCCUUCAACGCCGCCAAGGGCAGCAUCUUCGCCGGCCUCAAGUCGCAGGACGCCAGCUGCGCUCGCCCCGACGAGCAGUUUGCCACUUUCUACCUCCAGGAUGGCUCGCUCUACCUGUACGACCAGUCUGCUACCCCUCAGCAGAUCUAUGUCGAUGCCUCUGGAAUGGGCCAAGGCAAGAUCGGGUACACCACCGGCGCUCAGCCCGCCCCUGCCAACGCCAACCGUGAUGGCUGGGCCAUCAGCAACGGCCACCUCCAGUUCCAGGGCAAGGCCCUGAUCGCCUGCCCCAACAGCAUCGACGGCGCUUACAGCAUCUGGGCUUCUGCUGGUGUCGACAACCCCGCUGGUAACUCUGGCUGUGUUGAUAUUGCGGCUCGUGUUGAGGAGACUUCUAACCCUAACGGGUGUGUCUACACUCAGUAGACUGUCUGUCUGUUGACCGUCGUUAUUGAGAGUUGAGGUGUUUGGAUUAUUUCAUUUGCAUUUGCAUUGUGUACUAUUAUGCAUUCAGCAUUCAGCGUGUUGGCUUGUUUGUUAGACUGUUUAGGUUGUUAUUAUUAAGUUGAACAGAAUAUAGAAUGGCAUAUCAUCAAGCAUAUAUAUCACAAAGCAUAGCCAGCAAUAUCAAGCACAUGUUAGUCUGUACAAUCUCCAUCAUAAUGCGGAAUAAUCCGAAAUAGCAUAUCAAGAACCCCAUAUUGCAAGAACCGGAGUAAAAGCCCCACAACACAUGAACGUCAGACACCUUGGCUUGUCGAAUCCGCAGCAAAAGGUCAAAGAUGAUGGCAUUGUUGUGCGCCACCGGUAUCGCAAGCCCGGG